AUGGCUUCCCGGCGGCUCGCACUCAACCUGCAGCAGGGCAUCCGCUCCCGCGCCGCCAUCAACGCCGUCAAGGCCUCGAAGCAGUCGCCCUUGACACGAGGCCUGGCCACACCCGUCUCGUACGGCGCGAAGACGGAAUCCACCACGCUGAAAAAUGGCUUCACGAUCGCUACCGAGCACUCUCCGUGGGCCCAGACGUCGACGGUCGGUGUGUGGAUCGAUGCUGGCAGCCGCGCAGAGACGGACAAGACCAACGGAACUGCGCAUUUCCUCGAGCACCUUGCCUUCAAAGCCGUCGACAUUCUCUCCGACAUCCUCCAGAACUCCAAGCUCGAGACCCAGGCCAUCGAGCGCGAGCGUGAUGUCAUUCUCCGCGAGCAGGAAGAGGUGGACAAGCAGCUCGAGGAGGUUGUUUUCGACCACCUGCACGCAACCGCUUUCCAGGGUCAGCCCCUCGGACGCACCAUCCUCGGACCCAAGGAGAACAUCCAGACCAUCCAGCGCGCCGACCUCGAAAACUACAUCAAGACCAACUACACCGCCGACCGCAUGGUUCUUGUCGGUGCCGGUGGCAUCCCCCACGAGCAACUGGUCGACCUCGCCGAGAAGCACUUCGCCAACCUGCCCUCAGAAGCUGUCGACUACUCCGCCAAGAGCGUCGUUGCCGAGCAGAAGCAGACCCCCGACUUUGUCGGCUCAGAGGUCAGACUACGAGACGACACCAUGGCAACUGCCAACAUUGCCAUCGCCGUUGAGGGUGUUAGCUGGAGCGACCCCGACUACUUCACCGCACUGGUCACACAGGCUAUUGUCGGCAACUGGGACCGCGCAAUGGGCCAGUCUGCCUACCUCGGCAGCAAGCUCAGCAACUUUGUUUCACAGAACAACCUGGCCAACAGCUUCAUGAGCUUCUCCACCAGUUACUCUGACACCGGUCUCUGGGGUAUCUACCUCACCACCUCCAACCUUACCAACAUUGACGACCUCGUCCACUUCACUCUGCGCGAAUGGACCCGCCUCACCAUGAACGUCAGCUCUGCCGAAGUUGAGCGCGCCAAGGCUCAAUUGAAGGCCUCCAUCUUGCUUGCCCUAGAUGGCACCACCGCCGUUGCCGAGGACAUUGGUCGCCAGAUCAUCACCACCGGCCGCAGGUUAUCGCCCGAGGAGGUUGAGCGCGUUGUCGGUGCCAUUACUGAGAAGGACGUCAUGGAAUUUGCCAAGAAGAAGAUUUGGGACAGGGACGUUGCCAUCUCAGCUGUUGGACAAAUCGAGGGUCUGCUCGACUACAACAGAAUCAGGAAUGACAUGAGCAGAAUGCUGUCAUAAGCAGUUGGUGCAAGGUUGAGAAAUUAGAGCUGUGUGAGCGUUGCGGCAAUACUGUAUUUUGUGUACACUUAGGCUGAAUCUUAUAAACAAGAUUUCCUUUUAUCUGGAU